AUGAUACCAUCCGGCACUCUGUUUGCAACUCUGGAUCUCAUCCUGGCCCUGAAGCCGGGAUUCAAGCUGCCCUUGCAGGCCCUGGUUCUGCUGCUACAGUUCCUGGGCCCACUCCAGCAAGCCUGCUUCUCGCUGUUGUGCUUGCAUAGCCCGACAAUGCCAGAGUCGACCGCGGCGCGUGCUCUCCCCCUUCCUGCGAUCCUGCGCUCCAGGACACGCUGGAAGUGGGCGACACCCUGCUUGGACGAGGGCAGUGAUCUGGGGGAGGGAAGUGGGCAACGGGUGGUAGUUGGUGUGCAGCUGCAGGCAGCUCAAGCAUGGGGGAUUGGUGUGGUGAGCAACCUGGAUGUGAUAGACGGGGGAGGGGUAUAG